AUGGACUAUCAGCGAUUACUAUUUUUAAUAGUCUUAACUUCGUGUUUAACAUGUUGUCAACUCUUUAGAACUCCCUUAAAGAUUCAAGAUCAAUGUCCACAGCUGUAUGAAAAAACCUUCACAGGAUGUAUACCUAGAGGAAAUUUAAGUGCAGGUAUAUUUGAAGAAGUAACUGAAUCCACAAAAUUGAAAACUUGCGUUUUUGAAUGUUGUUUCAAAGAAACUUGUAAUGUAGCUUUUAUGCACAAUGAUAAAUGUUACCACAUUGCUUGCAACAGUGAUGAAUUAUGUUUGCCCACUUCAAGCACAAAUUUAAAUAGUUCAGACAGACUUUUCUUGGUGCUGGUUAGACCUAGAGAUGCCCUCAGAUGGGAAGAUGUCUUGCAUCAAGAAGAACUGGUAACUAGGCCUGAAAAUAAAGAUAUACUUAAUAUUUUGAAUGACAGAAAAAGGUUUGAAGAUGUAUUCCAAGAAGUGAUAAAUGAAGAUUCAUUUAACCGACUUUACUGUGAUGUUGGUAUUGAAAACAGUUGUUUGCAAAAUGAAGAAUGCAUUCCUAGACAUCCCAAAACUGGAACAGGUAUCUGCCAAUGUUUAGAAGGCUUUAUCCGCAACAAAAACGGAGAAUGUUAUCCUAGUCUCGAAGAAUCCACAAUUCGCGAAGGCCUUCCCAGCCUCCUGUCGGAACGAAUAAUAGAUGUAACCAACAAAUCUCAACCUGUAACGCCUAGGCAAGUUAUAGUCAGGGCGGAAUCUAAAGAAGUUAGAUUACCUGUUAAUGAAGUCACUCUUGAUGCAAAAGUUGUACCUGAUAAAGGCGAGAAGUACCAAUUCGAAUGGAUUUCAUUGCACCAACCAGAUGGAAGCGCUGCUGUAAAACACCAAAACGAAGGGCAGUUACACUUGGAAAAGCUUACGGAAGGCGUCUAUUCGUUUAAAGUGGCAGCUUCUACUCCAUCGGCUUAUGGCGAAACUUUUGUCAAUGUGAGCGUAUUAGCAGCGAAAAGAAUCAAUAAACCUCCAAAUAUUGUCAUUACACCUGCCAAUCAAACUAUAAAGCUACCAAAUUCAGCAGCUGUUUUAGAUGCUUCGUCCAGUACCGACGAUGAUGGCAUCAUAUCAUGGCAUUGGGAUUUGCAACAAGGGCCAGUAGGUUAUGAACCUCAAUUGAAAGACACGCCAACUCUUCAACUGAACGACCUCACAAAACCUGGAAAUUAUACUUUUAAAUUAACUGUAACUGACACCGAUAAAGAAAGCAGCGCCCAAACGGCUAAUAUUACAGUUUUAGCUGGCACUGAUUAUCCUCCUGAAGCUAAUGCAGGUGAAGAUAAAAUCAUUUAUUUGCCUCACAACUCUAUAACUUUAAAUGGCAGCAAUAGUUUAGAUGAUCACGCCAUAACCACUUGGGAGUGGACGAAAUCUGCGGAUGACGCCCAAAAAGCUGUAGAUAUGCAAGAUACGCGCACUUCCAUUUUAAAACUGUCCAAUUUGGAAGAAGGGAUUUAUACUUUUAUACUUAGAGUCACCGAUAGCGCCAACCAAUCUAGCACUGCACAAGUUCACGUGUUUGUCAAACCGCCUACAAACAAACCACCCGUUGCCAACGCCGGUCAGAAUAUUACGAUUAGUUUACCACAAACGUGGGUGGUUUUAGACGCUUCUAACAGUACCGACGACAACAAAAUCCUGGCGUUUAAAUGGGAAGAGUUAGAAGGCCCGUCUUCGGUCACAUUCGAAAACGCUAAUUCUAGCAAAACUAACGUCACCGGCCUAACGAAGGGAUUGUAUACUUUCAAAAUCAGCGUAACGGACGAUAACAAAAACAUCGCCAGCGACAAACUCUUCGUCACCGUCAAUCAGAAUAAAAAUCAAGAACCCACUGCUGACGCAGGUCCCGAUUUCGAAGUGGAACUUCCAAAGAACGUAGUAAUGCUAAACGGAUCAAAUUCCAAAGACGAUUGGGCGAUAGUCAAGUGGAAAUGGACGAGAGACGAUAAAUCUCUCGCUAUCGGCAACAUUGCGGAAAAAACCGAUGAACAACCUGUUCUAAUUUUGACAGAUAUCGCCGUGGGGAAGUACAUCUUUAAUUUGACAGUGUAUGACGAGCAGGGUUUAAGCGAUACGGAUUCUGUUACUCUCCUGGUUAAGAAUGAUCCAAUGUUGUACUAUUUGGUAGAGAUUACUAUUGAAUUAGAUGCUAAAACCUUGACACAAGCCCAGUACAAUUCUUUGACAGGGAAGCUGGCUCUUCUCGUCAAAGACGGUUCUAAGUUACAAGUUAGAUCCGUUCAUCCCUCCAAAGAAACAGGAAAAGCUCUUAUAACAUUCUAUGUAGAUGAUUCCAAUGGUAAACCCACCUCAGCCAAUGAGGUCGUUCAUUACCUCCGUCAGAAACUUCGCGUCGACGCUAGCCUGCUGGGUUUCUCCGUCCAGAAACUUCAAACGUCAAUCUGUCAAAAUAACUGCUCGGGUCACGGUAUUUGUGACGAACUCACCCGCAAAUGCGAAUGCGAGGCCUUCUGGAUGCAGGACAUGUUUAAAGUUUAUUUGAAUUUCGGCGAGGACUCCGAUUGUAGUUGGAGCAUCUUGUACGUGGUGCUCGGAGCGGUUUGCGGGGUGUUGCUGUUUCUCGGAACACUUUGGGGAAUGGUCCAUUUGUGUUACACAUUUUGUAUCAAGAGAGAGGCCAGUACCAAACCAACCACAUAUAAACUUAUUGGAGAUACUGAUGAUAUCCCGCCGUUUGCAUCGAAGAAAGCGAACUUUUCUGAUAGCGAUACAGACUCUGAUGUAGUGUUUGAGACGCGUCCGAAGCCACCACGUUAUUCCGAUAUAAGGAACGGACACAAAAAUAGUAGGAACGGAUAUACGAAACAAGGAAGAAGGAUCAAAACUUAG